GGUAUGUACAUACGUUUUGUAUGGCAAAUGGCAUGCCGUUAUAACCCGGCAGGUACACAUUCAACUAAUCGCUUGCGAUUCAGAUUUUUUUUACUAAUAUACUCACACAUUUGCGUUAUAUCGAUAAUAUACGUAUGCAUGUGUUAACACAUUCGCGUAAAUUGCGGGAAUUCCCGUCAUUCAUGUUUCCUUCAAUAAAACAAUUGCGGGAAUUCCCGCGCUAUUAUCCCGCAAUUUCUUCCGCACAUAUAAAAUUGCUCUUGAAAAAUAAAUGCGGGAAUUCCGGUAAUGGCGGGAAUUCCCUAAUUUGUUCAAACUAUUUAAAAAAAUUAACCUGUAGAAAAAAAGCGGGAAUUCCCGCUCUUCAUUUUUGUAUGGAAAAAUUAAGUGAUUAUCUGGCAGCCACCCGCUAAAUUUAAAUGAACGCGAACGUGUUAAAAAUGGUCAUGGUUAAAAAAACCCUAGCUUACAUUUCUACACGGGCAACCUUGAUAUAGUUUAACAAAUAUACAUACAUACAAGUGUACAUAUUUUCUGGAUUAUUAAGGGUCGCUGAUGAUGUGGUUAGUACUUAUUGUUUUGUGAUUAUAAGGAUUACUUUAGGUUGCAAACAUAAAAACUCAGGCAUAAAAUCGCUAGUACCUGCGCUAAAAAGUAUAAAAUAGGGUUUACCAGUAUUACGGAUUUUAUCAUGCACGUAUGAUUCGAAGUGAAAGGACGUUUCUGUUUAUUUUGUGGAAAUAAAAAAAUAAAAUCAAAGUGAAAUGGCAGAUGGUGAAUGGCUUACUCCACGACAACUAAGCGCACUUUCGUACGAAGAACAGCAAGCAUAUUUUCGUCAAACGCUUGAAGAGAGCCAAGAAGAAAUAAGUGACCACGAUUCAGUAGUUGGUGACGAGGCUUUAGAUGAAUGUGUAGGUGAUAUUGGUGGUGAUGACUCAGACUUAGAAGAGCCCAUGUUACCAGAAUAUGACCCAGAGGACGACAGUGAUUCUGAUGAAGAACUUGAAGAUGCACCAAUUGAAACUGGGGAAUAUUUUACUGCCAGAGAUGGUAAUGUUUGGUCUUCGAUACAACCACAACCUGUAAGAUUCCGUACGCACAACAUUCUAAGAAGUGCACAAUCUGGACCAGUACGGGCAACGCAAGGUUUGACCAUUUCAGAAACGUUCAAAUUGAUAAUGUCAGACGAAAUAUGCGACAUAAUUAUUCGUGAAUCAAAUCGAAAGGCAAGGCAAUUCUUUGAUGAUGACAAUGCAAAACAUCCAACAAGAGAACCGAGAUCAUGGAUUCCCAUAACAGAAAGUGAAUUUGAUGCAUAUUUGGGCGUACUUUUGCUAAGCGGCGUUACACAUUCUGGUUACGUGCAUACGAAAGAUUUGUGGAAUACUAAAUCACAUCCAUUAUAUCGUGCUGCAAUGAGUGUACGACGAUUUUGGGAAAUUAGCCGCUUCAUUCGUUUUGAUAAUGGAAACACACGCCAGCAACGCAAACAAACUGACAAAGCAGCAGCAAUAUCGGACGUUUUUUUGAUGCUAAACAGCUGUCUUCGUAGAUAUUACGUGGCAGGAGCCAACGUCACCGUAGAUGAACAAUUGUAUGCUUAUCGUGGUGGAACUGGCUUCACGCAAUACAUACCAUCAAAACCUGCCAAAUAUGGGAUAAAAGUGUGGUGGGUGUGCGACUCCAUUUCGUCCUAUCCAUUGCAGGGACAAAUCUAUACAGGAAUGGCACCGUCUGGUGAACGUGAAAGAAACGUUGGUGAAAGAAUAGUCAAAGAUUUAUGUAUCAACCUUUUUGAUGGAAGUGGAAGAAAUAUUGUAUGUGACAACUUUUUCACUAGCUACAACUUGGCAAAAUCUUUGAUGAUAGACAAUAAUUUAUCUAUAUUGGGUACUUGCAACAAAAGGCGUACAUUCGUGCCAGCAGCAUUUGCCAACCCCAAGGGACGUGAGGCUGAAUCGUCAAUGUUUGGGUUCUAUAAUCACGUUACGAUGUGCUCGUACGUGCCUAAGAAAAACAAGGCAGUUGUAUUAUUGUCCACUUCUCAUUAUACAACAGAAACGUCCGGUCCUAAGAAGAAGCCAUUGCUUAUAUUGGACUACAACAAAACCAAAGGUGGAGUUGAUAGCAUGGACAUGUGCUUGUCCGAAUAUAGUACCAAGCGGCGCACAAAUAGAUGGCCUUUGGCUUUCUUUUAUAAUAUUGUGGACGUUGCUGCGUUUGCUGCAUACAUAAUAUACGUUGACAACAACACUCACCUGAAGUCAUAUACAAGCCGCCGUAGGAUGUUUCUCCAUCAGCUAAGUGUGCAACUAUGCAAGCCAGAAAUAGAGAGAAGGGCGAAUAACAGCAGAAUAUCCAGAGUUUUUUCAACGCGCAACGCCAUCGAAGCCAUGAUAGGUAGGCCCAUCCGAGUUGUGGAUGCUGGAGCACAUGAAGCGGAGGAGCGUGAUAGUACGGGACGCCUAAAAGUAAAGGGGAAUUGCUACAUCUGCUCCAAACGACGCCCUACUCGUAAAGCAUGCACAUUAUGCAACAAACCGGUGUGCGCAGAGCAUUCCAAAGACUUGCCGCAAUGCGAUAGAUAUUACUAUGGAGGUAGAUACGCCAGUUACAGCCACGCCAACCGCUCGGGCUACCAAUGCGCCACGCACCGGGCCCUCACCAGCGCCCCGAACUGUGGUUGCAACAACGCCGGCCCCUGUACCGGCAACCGCGCCUGCAGCGGUCCUUCAAUCCGUACCUCGCGGUUGCACUCGGCCACCACCACACCCAUCACGGGUUUUGGAAUCCCUAAGGUGCCCCAUCUGUCGGCGCCGACAUCGCCUGCACCAUUGUGGCAUAUUUCGGGGUAUGCGACCCGUGCUAUGGCAGCAAGUUUCGCAGGCCCACGGGCAUUGCCAGAACUGCCUGUCACAUACACAUGUGACUGCAGCGUCGCAGCACGCGAAUUGAACCGGCCACCCAUCCGUCGCGGCCGCGUGAGCGGAACCUCAUCGCGGAGUCGACAGCCUGGGCCACCACCUCGUCGGUCUACGGGGCUGAGCAGCGUUGUGGCUACGCUGCAACAGCUGCAGCGCCUUUUAGGCUAA